GGCCCCCCGGGGCAUGGCUGCGGCGGCGGCGUGCGAGCCGGUGGCCCGGCCGAGCCUGACCUCCAUCUCGUCGGGGGAGUUGCGCAGCCUCUGGACCUGCGACUGCGAGCUGGCCCUGCUGCCGCUGGCGCAGCUGCUGCGCCUGCAGCCAGGCGCCUUCCAGCUGCGGGGCGACCAGCUGGUGGUGCCCAGCCCUGGGGAGCCGGCAGCCGCGCGCGGGGGCUUCAACGUCUUUGGCGACGGCUUCGUGCGCCUCGACGGGCAGCUGUAUGGCCUCAGCAACUACGUCAAGAGAUAUGUGGAACUGACCAACUACUGUGAUUAUAAGGACUACAGGGAAACCAUAUUGAGCAAACCCAUGCUGUUCUUUGUGAACGUCCUGACCAAAAAAGACACCUCAAAAGAGAGGACGUAUGCCUUCCUUGUGAACACAAGGCACCCCAAGAUCAGAAGACAGCUGGAGCACGGCAUGGACAUGGUCAUCUCCUCAGUGAUUGGAGAAAGUUACCGACUCCAGUUUGAUUUUCAAGAGGUGGUGAAGAACUUUUUCCCUCCAGGAAAUGAGGUGCUGAAUGGAGAAAACCUGAGCUUUGCCUAUGAAUUCAAAGCUGAUGCACUGUUUGAUUUCUUCUAUUGGUUUGGCCUCAGCAAUUCCACUGUCAAAGUGGAUGGCAAAGUUCUGAAUUUGUCAAGCAGCAGUCCAGAGAAGAAGGAGACGAUUAAGCUAUUUCUGGAAAAGAUGAGCGAGCCUUUAAUUCGAAGAAGCAGUUUCUCAGACCGGAAAUUCAGCGUCACUUCCAGAGGUUCGAUAGAUGACGUUUUUAACUGCAAUCUGUCACCCAGAUCAUCCCUCACAGAUCCCCUUUUGGUAGAAUUCCCAUUUCCCAGCGUUCUGGAAGCGGAAGAGACGCCCAAGCAGUUGGUCUGAUUGGACUGAACUUUCCAGCAGCUCCUGCACUCCAGGCCUGGGCGAGACUGCAGGGUGAGGGGACAGGAGGAGGUGGGAGGCAGGCCUCUCCACCUGCUUGUCGGCCCCUGGCUCCCCCAUGGCCUCGGCAGAGGGUCCUUUCUUGCAUUUCUCUGCAUGUGAUGCCUUGGCAGGCCCAACACACUUGACCCUCUUAAAGGUUAUGGCUACUGGGAUGGAAGGGCUGUGGGCCCCACUCCCCCGGCAUAGCUGGCUGGCUGGGUAUAUCCUCUACUUUGAACACUUCUCCAAAGAGGCAGAGAAACUACACUUGCACAUUUUGCUUGGGACCCUGCCCCCCUGGGAGUUUUCCUGGCAGCCAUUGUGGGUAUUGUCUGGUCUGGGUGUCCACUGAGUAUGGGUUGGGAGGAUUUGACCCUCUGCUUGGGACAUCCUUGAGUCCACCCACACCUAGCGAGCCUGGGGUUAGCUGUGCUGUUCUCUUGUAAACCUGAAUGGGCACAAAGCCUGUGGCAUCUUUCAAAGGUGGGCAGGUAUGUUUUUUAUCCUGCCCAUGUGUAUACAUUCAAGGUAAGGCUUCCUGGGGUAUGGCCAGGUUAGCAGGAAGGUGACCUUGCCCGCCCACUGCCCCAAGUGUGAACUCCUUGGGCCUCCAAUGGAGGAGGCAGCCAGGUGAUGUGAGACCAAGUGGCGAUGCCAAGGAUACUACAGGUGCACUGUCCUCCUUGGGAAAGCACAUCGUGUGAGCUGAGUAUGUUAAGCAAGCUUUUAGCAGUCCUAACACAAAAAGCAAACUAGCCGAAUGCUCUAAGGCUACCAUAGCACAUUGUUACAGCUGUACGUUCUUCACCACAUAGCCACAGCGGAAUUCUUCCAAAGCAAAAAUAAAUAAAUAAAAAUCUUAUCAACUUACCAAAAAAA